CCCGGGCGAAAGGGUUGGGACAGGGAGGAAUAGCUGGAGGGCGGGAUGGCAGAAUAAGGAGGAGAGAAACACCCACACCGGACUGACUGAAUUGUAUCCGGACGAAGAAGAAGAAGAGAAGGAGUGAGAGAGAGAGAGGGAGAGAGAGAGAGAGAAAGAAGGGGAGGAUUAAGAAAGGGGGACGCUUUGGGAGGCAGCGGCGGCGGCGGCGGCGGCAGGAGCAGCGGUCCUUGGUAUUCAGAGGAUUUCCCUUGGGGAUACAAGGACGCUUUGAAUUGAUGACUGGAGAGGUCUAGACUGCUGGUUGUGAGGAUGUUGUCAGCGGGGCAGAUACGGUGGUGUUUUUGUGCUCCACUGGUGUUGCUGGCCGUUCUCUCUUGCUGCCCGAGUCAGGCCCAGGGUCAAGUUCCAGCUGCGAGGAGGCUGCGCUUCAAAGUGCUGAGCUCCAGCAAACUGCUCAUUUCAUGGAAGGAGCCCAAAGGAGACUUCGACAGCUAUCUGUUUCUCUACAACAGUUUACCAGGUGGUCAGCAGAAGGAGAUCAUAGUGUCCAAAUCUGACAGUAAGGUGCUGAUAACGGACUACAAUCCCUCUAAAGACUACACUUUCAGCGUCAUCGCGGUCAGCGGCGGCGAGCAGAGCAGGCCACUGCAGGGCAGACUCAAAGGUGAGAGAGGUGAGCGUGACGGAGGAGACAAGACUGAGCCUCACAGGCUGACUGAUUCAGUCGCACCUCAUGAAGAUGCCAAUGAGAUCUCUGGAGUUCAGUUUGUGUGCCGCACCGAGGCCAUCGCAGACAUCGUGAUCUUGGUGGACGGCUCCUGGAGUAUCGGUCGCAUCAACUUCCGGCUGGUCCGUAUGUUCCUGGAGAAUCUGGUCAAUGCCUUUGAUGUCGGCAUCAAUAAGACAAGAAUCGGUCUGGCUCAGUACAGCGGUGAUCCCAGGAUAGAGUGGCAUCUGAAUGCUUUUUCUACCAAAGAUGCCGUCAUUGAUGCUGUCAAGAACCUGCCCUACAAAGGAGGGAAUACCCUCACAGGCCUCGCUCUGACUUUCAUCUGGGAAAACUGUUUCAAACCUGAAUCUGGCUCACGCGUCGGCGUACCAAAGAUUGGGAUCCUCAUCACGGACGGGAAGUCCCAAGAUGAUGUUAUACCUCCUGCAGAGAGCCUGAGAAAAGCUGGCGUUGAGCUUUUUGCCAUCGGUGUGAAAAAUGCCGAUGAGAACGAGCUGCGCUCCAUUGCCUCGGAGCCACACAACACUCACGUCUACAACGUGGCCGACUUCAACAUCAUGAGCUCCAUCGUGGAGGGACUGACCAGAACCGUGUGUGAACAGGUGGAGCAACAGGAUAAAGAUAUCAAGCUGAAACUUCCACCAGAGAUAACAGGAGCGCCGUCUGACCUGGAGACAUCGGACGUCACGGCCCGGAGCUUUCGAGUGUCGUGGAGCCGCGCCCCGGGAAACGUAGAGAAAUACAGGGUGGUUUAUUAUCCCGCUCAGGGAGGAGAGCCUCAGGAGGCUGUGGUGGUCGGCAGCGAGACUUCACUGGUGCUGCAGCAUCUCAGCUCUCUCACCGAAUACCAGCUGGCCGUGUUUGCCGUGUACGCAAACGAGGCGAGCGAAGCUCUGCGAGGAUCCGAAACAACCCUGGCUCUUCCCACUGUCACCGGCCUGGAGCUCUCUGACACCACCUACAACACCAUGAAAGCGCGAUGGGACAGCGUGGAGGGAGUCUCUGGCUACAUGCUGCUGUACGCUCCGCUUACAGAUGACAGAGACCUGGAGGAGAAGGAGAUCAAGCUGUCGGAUGCUGUUACAGAGCUGGAGCUAGAUGGAUUGAUGCCUCACACUGAAUACACUGUCACUGUUUACGCCAUGUAUGGAGACGAGGCCAGCGAUCCCGCCACAAACCAGGAAACCACAUUGCCUCUGCCUCCUCCCAGCAACCUCCAGUUCUCCGACAUCACUCACAACUCGGCUCACAUCAGCUGGGAUCCUGCGCCCAGCGGGGUCAGAGGCUACCGCAUCAUGUGGGUCAAGACGGACGGACUAGAAACAGAAGUGGUGGAGGUGGGACCGCAGAGUUUUUAUGACCUGAGUGAGCUGACAUCCCUGAUGGAGUACUCGGUGGCCAUCUUUGCCCUUUACAGCGACGGUCAAUCAGAGCCGCUCACUGAUGGCUUCACCACAACUCCGGUCCCCGGCCCGUUGAAUCUACGCUCCUCUGACGUUCACACCGACAACUUCAAGGUCAGCUGGGACCAUUCUGCAGACGACAUCGUCCUCUACAGACUCUCCUGGGCGCCGUUCACCGGCGGUGACACUAAAGAGGUGGUCUUGAGUGGAAGUGAUAACAGAUACACUCUGAGUGGCCUCAGUCCUUCGACGAAAUACGAAGUAAUGCUGACGGCUGUUUUCAAAGAUGAAUCGGAGAGCGACACCGUGUCUGUAAUAGAGACCACGUUGGUUAAGACGACGACAAUUGCCACCACAACCACAGCGGCUCUUCUGGCUGUGAGGAACCUUCAGCUGAGUGAUGAGACCACCCAGAGUCUGGAGGCUUCGUGGGAGCUGGAGGACCCCAACGUGCGCAGCUACAGGGUCUCCUACGCCGGCCUGGACGGCGAGCGAGAGGAGGAGUAUGUGUCAGUUCCUGCUGGUCAGAGGAGAGCGGUGCUCCAGCCUUUACUACCAAACACCCAAUAUAAAGUGACAGUCACCCCGGUGUACAAGGAGGGACAGGACGGCAUCAGCGUCUCCGCACUGGGCUCCACGUUGGCCCUCUUUCCCCCUGAAAAUCUGCGGGUGUCAGAAGAGUGGUACAGCCGCUUCAGGAUCAGCUGGGAUCCACCAGCAUCUCCUGCGCAGGGUUACAGGAUCGUCUACCAGCCCAUCAAUGUUCAAGGCCCGGUUUUGGAGAAAAGUGUGGAUGAAGAUGUGAACUCCGUGCUCCUUCUGAACCUGCAGAGCGGGACAGAGUACCGUGUUCAAGUCACAGCGUCCUACCCAGCAGGACAAAGUGAGCCUCUGCUCGCGAAUGCUAAGACACUGUUUCUUGGGGUCUCCGGCUUGUCGACCUACCAGAUCCGUCCCAGCAGCAUGUGUGUUCAGUGGCAGCCUCUUCUUCAUGCCUCCUUAUACAGAGUCUCCAUACAGUCGACUCUCAACGGUCAGAGGCAGGAAGUGAGUCUGGGAGGCGGAGCGUCCCGGCAGUGCUUCUACGACCUGACUCCCAGCAGCCAAUACCAGAUCAGCAUUCACACGCAAAUGCAAGAAAUGGAGGGACCGUCCGUCUCUGUCACUGACAUGACAUUGCCGGCACCCACUCAGGCUCCGACUCAGCCGCCCACCACGGAGCCCCCGCCCACCAUCCCGCCUCCAAAAGAAGUGUGCAAGGAGGCCAAGGCGGACCUGGUGUUCCUGGUGGACGGCUCCUGGUCCAUUGGCGAUGACAACUUCAUGAAGAUCACACGCUUCCUCUACAGCACCAUGGGAUCACUGGAUCUGAUUGGACCAGAUGGCACCCAGGUGGCCAUCGCUCAGUUCAGCGACGAUGCUCGGACCGAAUUCCAGCUCAGUUCCCAUAGCAACAAGGAGGCGUUGCUAGAAGCCAUCCAGAAGAUCAGAUACAAGGGAGGAAACACCAAGACAGGUCGAGCCAUCAAGCAUGUGAAGGAGUCUAUUUUCACUGCAGAGGCAGGAGCCAGAAGAGGCGUGCCAAAGGUUCUGGUGGUUCUGACUGAUGGACGCUCGCAAGAUGAUGUCAACAAAGUGUCAAAAGAGAUGCAGAUGGAUGGCUACAUCAUCUUUGCGAUCGGCUUUGCGGAUGCAGACUACGGCGAGCUGGUGAAUAUCGCCAGUAAACCCAGUGACAGACAUGUCUUUUUUGUCGAUGAUUUGGAUGCUGUGAAGAAAAUAGAGGAGCAGCUCAUUACCUUCGUCUGUGAAGCUGCCACUGCCACUUGUCCCUCUGUUUUGAUGAGCGGUAACACAAUGGCGGGUUUCCGCAUGAUGGACAAGUUCGGCCUCGUGGAGAAGGAGUACGGCACCAUAGCAGGAGUCUCUCUGGAGCCGGGCUCGUUCAACAGCUUCCCCUGUUACAGGUUACACCGCGACGCCCUCGUGUCACAGCCCACAAAGUAUCUUCAUCCUGAAGGUUUACCCUCUGACUACACCAUAUCAAUGAUGCUUCGCCUACUUCCCGAAACACCUCAGGAACCCUUUGCAUUGUGGGAAAUCCUAAACAAGGCCAACGAGCCGUUGGUGGGGCUAAUCCUCGACAACUCCGGAAAGACGCUGACGUUCUUCAACUACGACUACAAAGGAGAUUUCCAGACCGUUACCUUUGAAGGAACAGAAAUAAGAAAAGUCUUCCAUGGCAGCUUCCACAAGCUCCAUGUAACCAUCAGCAAGACGUCGGUGAAGGUGGUGCUAGAUUGCUCUCUGGUCGGGGAAAAGCCCAUCAGCGCCGCCGGGAACAUCACCACCGAUGGCACAGAGAUCCUGGGAAGGAUGGUUCGGUCCAGAGGAAAACGGGACGGCUCCGCUCCGUUCCAGCUCCAGAUGUUUGACAUCAUCUGCAGCACCUCCUGGGCCAGCAGAGACAAGUGUUGCGAGCUGCCGGCUUUGAGAGUAGAGGAGCAGUGCCCUCCCAUGCCUCAUGCCUGCACCUGCUCCCAGGACAGCAAAGGACCUCCUGGACCCUCAGGACCACCGGGUGGUCCGGGCAUUAGGGGAGCCAGAGGAGACCGAGGAGAGCCAGGAGUGACGGGACCUCAAGGACCCACAGGAGAAAUUGGUCCAAGCGGACUCCCUGGCCCUCCUGGUCCUCAGGGACCCAGUGGGCUCUCCAUCCAGGGACCUCCGGGCGCUGCUGGGGAGAAGGGAGACAGAGGAGAGAUCGGUCCUGUCGGUCCAAUGGGUGUUCCUGGAAGCCCUGGAUCACCUGGGAGAGAAGGCCCUCCCGGAACCAGGGGUUUGCCGGGUAACAGUGGACCACAGGGGCAACAAGGCCCCCCCGGACCUGUUGGAGCUCCAGGAGCACCCGGAGCUCCAGGACCAGGUGGGCCAGCAGGGUCUCAGGGGGAACAAGGACUUCCUGGUCCUGCUGGCACCAAAGGCGAUAAGGGAGAAAGAGGCGACGUGCAGUCCCAGGCUGCUGUGAGAGCUAUUGCACGGCAAGUGUGCGAGCAGCUCAUCCAGAGCCAUUUGUCUCGCUAUAACUCCAUCCUGAACCAGAUCCCCGUCCAGUCGGCGGUGUCGGUCCGGACAGUGCCCGGACCACCCGGAGAGCCGGGCAGAAGGGGCUCCCCGGGUCCUCAGGGAGAGCAAGGACCGCCCGGCAGGCCAGGCUUCCCGGGCGCUAACGGCCAGAACGGCCAGCCGGGAGAGAGAGGUCCUCCUGGAGAUAAAGGAGAAAAAGGGAGUCCGGGGGUUGGAAAUCAAGGACCUCGAGGACCACCCGGACCACCUGGCCUCCCCGGCGAGGGCAGGACGGGCAGCCAGGGCCCGCCCGGUCGGCCCGGGAACGCAGGCACCGCGGGGAGACCGGGAAAUCCAGGCAGCUCGGGACCCCCGGGCCCACCUGGGUACUGUGACCAGAACUCCUGUUUGGGAUACAACGUGGGAGUUCAAGAGGACUAUCGGAAUGAUUACUGAGGAGCGUCCCACAAUCAUCUUCCUCUCCUUCUACUCCUCCUCCUCAUCCUCCUCCUCCUCUGCCCAGUUCAAACAGAUUACACUGA